UAUAUUUACUUAGUCUUGACCAAGGAAGCCAAAGUUGGCAGGCUAAUUUGGAUUUUUUUUUGUAUGAGAAGUCACGUCUUUGCAUUAACCUCUCAUGAGUUUUUGUUAUAAAAUGCUCCAACUAUCCACCUUGUUAUUUCCAGCACACACAACUUGAAACAACUCUCUCUGUCUCUCUCUCAAACAUUCCCUGCCUGCUUCACUUCCCCUUGGGCCGAGAGAGAGAUACACAGAGAUGGCGUCGUCUUGUGGAGUUAUCAACAGCAGUUUCUUGCCAUUGCUCCAUUCUGAGGAUUCAUCAAGCCUCUUAUCUCGCACUACUGCUACUCUUCCCCUAAAAAAGCAUAAGUUCUCCGUGGUAGCAGCUCUUCAACAGGAUAACACCAACGACGUGGCUGCCAAUGGAGAGAGUCUGACGAGGCAGAAAACAAGAGCUCUCAAUUUCACCGGAGACAAGCCUCCAACUCCAAUAUUGGACACCAUCAACUAUCCAAAUCACAUGAAAAACCUCUCGGUCGAGGAACUGGAGAGAUUGGCUGAUGAAUUGAGGGAAGAGAUAGUGUACACGGUGUCGAAAACCGGCGGCCAUUUGAGCUCGAGCUUAGGUGUAUCGGAGCUCACGGUUGCAUUGCAUCAUGUGUUCAACACACCUGAGGAUAAGAUCAUUUGGGAUGUGGGGCACCAGGCGUAUCCGCACAAAAUCCUGACGGGGAGGAGGUCCAGAAUGCACACGAUUCGACAGACUUUCGGACUAGCAGGGUUCCCUAAACGAGACGAAAGCGCCCACGACGCGUUCGGAGCCGGCCACAGCUCCACUAGUAUCUCUGCUGGUCUAGGCAUGGCGGUGGGGAGAGACUUAUUACACAAGAACAACCAUGUGAUAUCAGUGAUCGGAGAUGGCGCCAUGACAGCAGGGCAGGCGUACGAGGCCCUCAACAAUGCAGGAUUCCUGGAUUCCAAUCUCAUCAUCGUGUUGAAUGACAACAAGCAGGUCUCGCUGCCCACGGCCACCAUUGACGGCCCUGCUCCGCCCGUGGGAGCCCUCAGCAAAGCCCUCACGCGUCUUCAAGCCAGCAGAAAAUUCCGGCAACUCCGCGAAGCAGCAAAGGGCAUGACUAGGCAGAUGGGAGAGCAGGCCCAUGAAAUCGCAUCCAAGGUUGACACCUACAUGAAGGGGAUGAUGGGGAAGCCCGGCGCGUCCCUCUUCGAGGAGCUCGGGAUUUACUACAUCGGCCCCGUUGACGGCCACAACGUUGAAGAUCUGGUCUACAUUUUCAAGAAGGUUAAAGAAAUGCCUGCGCCUGGGCCUGUCCUCAUCCACAUCAUCACCGAGAAGGGCAAAGGCUACCCUCCCGCUGAAGUUGCUGCCGACAAGAUGCAUGGUGUCGUCAAGUUUGAUCCUACAACCGGCAAACAGCUCAAGUCCAAAACCAAUACUAAAUCAUACACUCAAUACUUCGCCGAGUCUCUCGUGGCCGAAGCAGAGCACGACGACAGGAUCGUCGCCAUCCACGCCGCCAUGGGGGGCGGCACGGGCCUCAACUACUUCCAGAAGCGCUUCCCCGACCGCUGCUUCGACGUGGGGAUCGCCGAGCAGCACGCCGUCACUUUCGCGGCGGGGCUCGCCACGGAGGGGCUCAAGCCCUUCUGCACGAUCUACUCCUCGUUCCUGCAGAGGGGGUACGAUCAGGUGGUCCACGACGUGGACCUUCAGAAGCUCCCCGUGAGGUUCAUGAUGGACCGGGCUGGCGUCGUGGGCGCCGACGGCCCCACCCACUGCGGCGCCUUCGACACCACCUACAUGGCCUGCCUGCCCAACAUGGUCGUCAUGGCCCCCUCCGACGAGCUCGAGCUCAUGCACAUGAUCGCCACCGCUGCCGCCAUUGACGACCGCCCUAGCUGCGUUAGAUACCCCAGAGGGAACGGCGUCGGCGCGCCUCUGCCGCCUAACAACAAAGGAACUCCUUUGGAGAUUGGGAAGGGAAGGAUUUUAAAAGAGGGGAGUAGAGUUGCCAUUCUAGGGUUCGGAACUAUAGUGCAGAACUGUUUGGCGGCGGCGCAGCUUCUUCAGGAACACGGCAUCUCCGUGACCGUAGCUGAUGCGAGAUUCUGCAAGCCUCUGGAUGGAGAUCUGAUCAAGAAGCUGGUGCAGGAGCAUGAAGUUCUCAUCACUGUUGAAGAGGGAUCUAUUGGUGGAUUCAGCGCCCAUAUUUCUCAUUUCUUAUCCCUCAACGGACUGCUCGACGGGAACCUUAAGUGGAGGCCAAUGGUGCUCCCCGACAGAUACAUUGAUCAUGGAGCACAGACUGAUCAAAUUGAAGAAGCUGGGCUGAGCCCCAAGCACAUCGCAGGGACUGUUGUGUCACUUAUUGGUGGGGGAAAAGACAGUCUUCAUCUCAUCAACAACUUGUAAUCUUAAUUUCAUCCAGCAAGCCAGAAGCGGAAGCAGAAGCAGUUCAUCUCCUCAGAGAUUAAUGUUUUAUAUGAUGUAAUGUAAUGUAAAUAUGGGGAAAGAUUGCGACUGGAAGACUCCAACCCACCAAUGUGGGGGAGUUUUUCUAAAUAAUCGUUCACACGGCAGCCUUAUGUUUUGUACACACAAAUAAUCACUUCAUACUUUUAUUAAAUAAAUUUAUUUGUCCCAUUCUUACA